GAAUUCAUACCAAAGCAUGGUUUAUCGCUGGGAUAUUUCUACUAAUGACUAUACCAAUAUCUCUCUGGGGAAUACUACAACACUUAGUCCAUUAUACUCAACCUGAAUUACAGAAACCAAUAAUACGGAUUCUAUGGAUGGUGCCGAUUUACAGUUUAGACAGUUGGAUAGCUUUGAAAUACCCCAACAUUGCAAUAUAUGUGGAUACAUGUCGAGAAUGCUAUGAAGCUUAUGUCAUCUAUAAUUUUAUGGUUUUUCUUUCAAAUUAUCUAACCAACCGGUAUCCAAACCUCGUAUUAAUAAUAGAAGCGAAAGAUCAGCAGAGACAUCUGCCGCCUCUGUGUUGUUGUCCAUCGUGGGCUAUGGGAGAAGUUUUAUUAUUUAGAUGUAAACUGGGUGUUUUGCAGUACACUGUUGUCAGACCGUUUACUACCAUUAUUGCUUUAAUUUGUGAGCUAGUGGGAGUGUAUGAUGAAGGAAACUUCAGCUUCAACAAUGCUUGGACUUACUUGGUUAUACUUAACAACAUGUCACAGCUAUUUGCUAUGUAUUGUCUGGUGCUGUUUUAUAAAGUACUACGUGAAGAACUGAACCCUAUCCAACCUGUUGGCAAGUUCCUUUGUGUGAAGAUGGUUGUUUUUGUUUCUUUCUGGCAAGCUGUGCUUAUUGCAUUGUUGGUGAAAGUUGGUGUUAUUUCUGAGAAACACACCUGGGAAUGGCAAAGUGUGGAAGCUGUGGCUACAGGCCUACAGGAUUUUAUAAUUUGUGUUGAGAUGUUCCUGGCUGCUAUUGCGCAUCACUACAGUUUUUCCUAUAAACCUUAUGUUCAAGAAGCUGAAGAAGGGUCAUGCUUUGACUCUUUUCUUGCCAUGUGGGAUAUUUCUGAUAUAAGGGCAGAUAUAUCAGAACAGGUUCGAAAUGUUGGAAGGACGGUUUUGGGCCAGCCAAGGAAAAUGUUUUUUGCUGAGGAUCAUGAACAAAAUGAGCAUACAAGUUUACUGUCUUCAUCUACUCAAGACCCAAUUUCUGAUGCUUCUUCAAUGCCAUCUUCACCCAUGGGUCAUUAUCAGGGGUUUGGACAUACUGUGACACCUCUCACGACACCGACAACAGCCCCUGCAGUUGAUGGUAUUUAUAACACUUCUACUACUCGAGAUGCUGAGGAAUCACCUGAACUAGAGCACAAUUUAUCAGAGAAAGCUUUGGAUAAAAGUUAGACUCACCUUUUCUUUGAAUGCGUCGAGGAGUCUGUUAAUAUACUUGCCACACGUGUUCUGUUUACAUCUACUAUUAGCAAUGAAAGUUGGAAAGCUUGGAAAAGCUACUGCGCAGACAGGAAGAGGAUAUGCCUGUAACUGACAUCUGAAUCUAUAAUGGCUGUGAGUGUGAGUACCCCAGUAAUAUAAAACACGCACAUUGUAAAAGUUUCUGCAUAAAUUUAAGAAUCAACUCAAACUGCUAAACACUUACACGUCAUGUCAAAGUUACACUGACUUUUAUUAAUACAAAAGAAACAUUUGGAAAAAAUACUCUGCUCUUGUAAAGAUGAAGUGGAAGUACUACUAGCACUGCGAAAACUUAAUUUCAAGAAUGUAAUUUAAGGAGGGCAGCUGCAAAAA